GGAGCCCAGUCCACCCCCCUUCCAGUCCAGCUUGAGAUGGCGCCGACGCUGAGCCUGGAGCCCGCCGGCCGCAGCUGCUGGGACGAGCCGCUGAGCAUCGCCGUGCGCGGCCUGGCCCCGGAGCAGCCCGUCACGCUGCGCGCGGCCCUGCGCGACGAGAAGGGCGCGCUCUUCCGAGCCCACGCGCACUACCGCGCCGACGCCCACGGUGAGCUGGACCUGGCGCGCGCGCCCGCGCUGGGCGGCAGCUUCACGGGGCUCGAGCCCAUGGGGCUGCUCUGGGCCAUGGAGCCAGAACGUCCUUUCUGGCGCCUGGUCAAACGCGACGUGCAGACGCCCUUCGUGGUGGAGCUGGAGGUGCUGGACGGACACGAGCACGACGGCGGGCGGCAGCUUGCACACGCGGUGCACGAGCGUCACUUCCUGGCUCCCGGGGUGCGGCGCGUGCCCGUGCGCGAGGGCCGGGUACGCGCCACGCUCUUCCUGCCUCCAGGACCUGGACCCUUUCCUGGGAUCAUAGACCUUUUUGGAGUUGGAGGUGGCCUUCUGGAGUAUCGGGCGAGUCUCCUGGCUGGGAAAGGCUUUGCUGUCAUGGCUCUGGCUUAUUACAACUACGAUGACCUCCCCAAGAGCAUGGAAACCAUGCGCAUGGAAUACUUUGAAGAAGCUGUGAACUACCUGUGUAGCCACCCCGAGGUAAAAGGACCAGGAAUUGGGCUGCUUGGGAUUUCCAAAGGGGGCGAACUUGGCCUGGCUAUGGCCUCCUUCCUGAAGGGCAUCACAGCCGCCGUUGUCAUCAAUGGCUCCGUGGCUGCUGUUGGGAACACCAUACACUACAAGGAUGAGACCAUACCCCCUGUGACUAUCCUGAGAAAUCAGGUCAAAAUGACCAAAGAUGGCCUCAAGGAUGUUGUGGAUGCUCUGCAAAGCCCUCUGGUGGAAGAGAAGAGCUUCAUCCCCGUGGAAAGGUCUGACACGACCUUCCUCUUCCUUGUUGGUCAGGAUGACCACAACUGGAAGAGUGAGUUCUAUGCCAAUGAGAUCUCCAAGCGCCUGCAGGCCCACGGGAAGGAGAAGCCCCAGAUCAUCUGCUACCCAGAAGCAGGGCACUAUAUUGAGCCCCCUUACUUCCCACUGUGCAAAGCUGGCAUGCACCUCCUGGUGGGUGCUAAUAUCACCUUUGGAGGGGUGCCUAAGCCUCAUGCCGUGGCCCAGUUGGAUGCCUGGCAGCAACUCCAGACUUUCUUCCACAAACAGCUGGGUAGCAAGAGCUAGGGACUGUCCCCUAACAUAGAGCCUAGUAUAUGAUGGUUUUGGGGGAAAAGGUACAAACAUAUUGUAAGAAUAUCACUUCAGAUGACUUCAUCUGAACACAUAACUACUUUAGGUUUACAUUAUAAAAAAUUAAUUUUAAUAUCAAAAUAGCACUGAUUUGCCAGGUGGUGGUAGUGCACGCCUUUAAUCCCAGCACUUGGGAGGCAAAGGCAGGAGAAUUUCUGAGUUCGAGGCCAGCCUGGUCUACAGACUGAGUUCCAGGACAGCCAGGGCUACACAAAGAAACCCUGUCUCAAAAAAACCAAAUAAAUAAAUAAAUAAAUAAACAAACAAAUAAAUAAAAAGCACUGAUUCAGGGCUGGAAAUGUAGUUCUGUUGUAGAGUCCUUGAUUGGCCCAUGUAAGUUCCUGGGUUCAUUCCAGCAUGCUGUAAGAAAAAUGAACAUUAAAUGGUAACUGUAGCUAUCCAAGAAAUAGUGCCUGGAAUAAAAAGAAACCGUGAGUCGUCAACCACA